CCGUUGUGGACGUUGAUGACUUGGAACGAUGAGCAGCGCGCUGGAUGCGGGGCAGGUGGGGUGCUAUCGCACGCCAGACUCUGUGAAGAACCUGCGCAUUUGCCUCCGCUACCGACGCAUCGAUGAUGUGCUUGCCCUCGACAACGACGAUGAGAGCGAGUUUACGGAGGUGACUAUCGCAUGGCAGCAAAAGCUGUUCAGCCGAGCAGAGUUUGAGCACUUUCGUCGGUUGAGGCGCAAGGAUGAGGCAGCAUUGACGCCGCGUGAGCGCCACUACCGCGACGUCGUGCGCCACAUGGACCCACCGCAGAACACUACCAUCUCCACAAUCGUGGAUCGCGAUGACCUGCUGGACCACAGCGCGUGCCAGUCCAAGAUUGAGGAGCUGCGCGCACAGCGCCAGCGGCGUACGCAGGAACAGCUGCCGUUUGGGGCACGCGGUGGCCGGCAACCUGGCAGCUCAGCCCCAGCGCGAUGGAGGGCAGCACUGCGCCAGACAAGGGUACCCGCCACCUCAACUACGACGGCAUCAUCAUCGUCGUCAACUGUGCUCGUGUCUGAAGAUGAGCAGCUAUCACUCUUGGACCGUCUGCGCGCGUGGCUGAUCACGUCCACGCAGACAGGAUUCGAUAACAUCCAGGCUACCAAGGCCACACCCCAGUUUGAGGAGCACGGGCGACUGUCUGUUGCGCCGGACUUUACGAGCGAACUGCUGCCUUCGCCCCACCGCGUACGCACACCGGGUGGCCUGCUUUACCACUUCACCCUCCACCACGUGUCCGAGGAGAUGUCAUUUGAGGAGCAGGUUCAGGAGCGCGCGUUUGCCCGCGAGUGGAGGCAGCACGCUGCUCAGAGUCUGCGCACGCAGAUUGGAUAUGUGUUUGAAAAGCCGCCGCCACACACGACUCGGUACCACGUUGGGGUGGAGGUGCGUGCGACGCGCGGGUUUGGGGGCGGGUGCUUCUGUGUGCUGACAGCAGCGGAUAUGGAGACGACCAACACCAACGAGAGCAGCACCGAUCCAGAUGAACUAACAUAUCGCACUCAGCGCUGCACGACACGCGACGGUGUUGCACACUAUGGGUUGUGUCUUGAGCUGGAGAAGGAUAUUCCCAAUGAUGCCACCCCGUCCUCGCUUGGCAAUCUGUACUUUCAAGUCAACUCCUUUGACACAUUCAACUGCAGACGAGUCGAGGGAUAUGCGAGUCUGGCGCUGCCAGCCAUCUGUGGCAUGCGCGAGUAUGCACUUCCAACGUGGAGGCCAAAGGGCACCUUGCAGCAGGAGCGCGAUUGUUUCUUUCUUGGCGGUGGCAUUGAAUUGGAGGACGACACGUUCAUCGGCGGCCAACCAGCCACACACACCAAAGACAAGAUUGCUGGCCGAUGGCAUGAGGGGUUCCUCCGCCGGGUAAUGGAAGUUUUGUGCUUGGACAGUUCGGCAUAA